GUACAUGUUGCCUGUUCUAUUUAGGUUGUUUCCAGUUUGGAAGCUUUAUGCAAAGUGCCUCUGGGAACCUUCCUGCUUUCAGGCUUCAGUCUGGCCCACGAAGGAGUGGGACUGGGCCUCGGUUUCCCUCUCUAGAAGAUGGGGUUGACGCUUACCUGGCGGGGCUGCAUGUGUUUUGCAGGAGCUGUUUACCCAAGGCCCAGCCCCAAGUGGUACUAUAAAUGGUAGCACAACCCACAAGCUGCCAGACCAGGAAGGACCCUUGGAGGCGGAGGCCAGCGGAGGGUGAAUGCCUUGUCUACCUAGUGGGGUCAGAGUGGGGAUUAGAGUUGGACCCCGGGGCUCAGCCCGAUGCUCUUCCCAAACCCCAGGGCGCAGUUGGCUGCUGCUAAUCCUCUGCAUCCCCCACGCCAGUGCUGACGCUUGCCCUCAGCAGGGCCAACCUGAAGCAGCCGGGCCCUUCAGUCUUCUCCUGCCUGGUGUAAUGCGGAGGCGGGGUUGGGGGGAUUAGAAACCUCUGAGAACAUCACAUGCUGCCGGAGGACACCUGCUGCCACUGCCUUGCCACCAGGAGUCCUGGAUUCUCCUGGUGCCUGUGCCUGGGGAUGGGCCCCAGGUGACCAGCUUUGUGGAGGGGAUGCUGGGGUCCCUGCCCGGUCUUGGACUGAGGGCUGAGGCCGCCUAAAAAACUCCUAGAAUCACGAUCUCACCCCCACGGACCAGCGGUCUCCAUCUGGGCAGAUACCAGGAGACCCUUCUCAGCUGUGGUGGCCACUUCUGAAGCUGGGGCAAUCCAGGGACAUGCCAGCAGCCAGGAUGUCCAUGCAGCGCAUCUGCCACCUGAAACCUGAGGCCCUGAGCAUGCCACCUGGGGCCUCAGAGUCCCCAAGCUGCCAGCGGCGACACACACUCCCGGCAAGCGAGUUCCGCUGCCUCACGCUGGAGGACGCAGUCAGUGUGUUUGAGAUUGAGCGCGAAGCCUUUAUCUCUGUCUCGGGCAUCUGCCCCCUGUACCUGGAAGAGAUCCGGCACUUCCUGACCCUGUGUCCAGAGCUGUCCCUGGGCUGGUUUGAAGAGGGCCGCCUUGUGGCCUUCAUCAUCGGCUCACUUUGGGACGAGGAGAGACUCACUCAGGAGUCGCUGAGGCUGCACAGGCCUGGGGGGCGUGUAGCCCACCUGCACGUGCUGGCCGUGCACCACACCUUCCGGCAGCAGGGCAAGGGCUCCAUCCUGCUGUGGCGCUACCUGCACCACCUGGGCGGUCAACGAGCAGUGCGCAGGGCCGUGCUCAUGUGCGAGGAGGUCCUGGUGCCCUUCUACGAGAAGUUUGGCUUCCGGGCCGUGGGCCCGUGCGCCAUCACCGUGGGCUCCCUCACCUUCACGGAGCUGCAGUGCUCCCUGCGGGGCCAGGCCUUCCUGCGCAGGAACAGCGGCUACUGAGUGGGCUGCGCGCCUGGCUGCAGGAGAGGUGGGAGCAGGUUGGGGGCGCUCACUCAGUCCCCGGGUCCCCUUCUCUGCCCGGGGCCCAUCCCAGGCUGACCGAGUAUAAAGGGAGACUGUGAUUCCCAAACUCAGCGUGCAGGGGAGAGGCCAGAGGAGCGGAGAUGGAUUCACCCUGGUCCCAGCUGCUCAGAGCAGGGAAUGCUGUGUCCUCAUGAGACCCUCCAGAACUUUUGCAUUCCAAACCCAUGCCCAAGACUCAAGAUGAGAGUGGGCUGGUAAAUGAGAGUGCUGGGAGGUGUUCUCGGGUCCCAGCCACGUUUCCUAUCUCGGUGAGGCACCCUGAUGCUUGGGGUCCUUAUUCUCCCCAGCCUCGUGGAUAUCCCUUCUUGCCCUCCACCCUGGAGUGGGGGUAGCUAGAAGUAAAGCCCACAGGGGCCACUGCCCACCCAGUCCUUGGGCACCCUGUGCCCCAACUUCUUCCCCAGGCUUCUCUCCUCUCCUUAGCCACCCACCAGCCCCUGCACUGGCUCCUCUGCCCCUAGUAAUAAAGCAAUUAUGUCCCCUGCC